ACGAUAAAAUAGCAGUAUCAUUAUUCAGUUACAUCGUUCACAUAUCAGCACAUCACUAUGUACAUAAAAUUAUAUGAUAUCUAAAAGCAGACUUUAUCUUGUGUUACUUUACACUUUAGUUCGUUGCGAGAAUUUAACGCACAAUGUAUUUUUUAAUAUUCAUUGUUUCUGUUAUAUUAUUAAUAUUAUAUGCGGUUAAAAAGAAAGAACCGGAACCGAUAUUCGGUGUAUACUCUGUGCCCGGCAAAUGGUACUAUUUAAAAUAUGUCGUGUUCGCUUUCAUUUACUAUUUUCGUAAGUACGUGAAGAGCCAUGCGGCGGGCACGGACGGACGCGCGGGACAGGGAGUGAAGGCUCUCGCGGACCCCGCCGUUAUGGACUGCGCACAGAUGCUCAGCGACCACGCCAAGGCAUUUGAUGCGAUAUUCUUCAUAUCGGCGACCCGCGACGAAAACGACAAAGGUAUCUACGUGAUAAUGGGUUGCGAGAGACGUACUAUGGGCAUGUGUAAUGGACUAUUUUAUAUCGGGUUACCGGGCAAAGGACUCCUGUGUAGUAAGAAGAUACCAGACACGGUGCUGUUCGGUGCACCAAUCGGAGAGUUCUCAGCUGAAGGUAUCAAAAUGGAGCCAAUAGAGCCGAUGAAGAAAUGGGCCCUCUCGUACAAAGGGAAGAUGUGGUUCCAGAACGAGCCAUCAAAAUUAAUAGACGUAGAGUUCACCGGAGAAUGGUCAGCGACAACUAAUUACUUUGAUUUCGACACGGAUUUGCAUCCGCCAGCCAUCAUCAGGUCCAUAGCUAAGGAGAAGUGGAGUCGACGGUACUUCGAGGGCCUCAAGACAGCACAUCAGUCGCAUUACGAACAAUUCGGAGCACUCAAAUGCAAAUUUAAGUUAGAGGAGGAAUCCUUCGAGUACACGCUGCCUUCCUUCAGAGACCACAGCUUCGGUCACAAGCGUGACUGGAGCCUGAUGCACCGGUACGCGUUCCACCACAUGUUCCUGAGUGACGGCACCAGCGUCAGCGUUGGCGUCAUCUGCCAGCCCCUCACCGCCUCCACUAUGGAAGCAGGCGUAGUGGCACUACCCAACGGGGAGCUGCACCCCGUGCAGUGGGUGGAGCUGCAGCUGUACCAGCACGGGGAGGGCGGCGCCGCACCCAGAGACUACGCCUUCAGGUUCCAAGCCGGACACAAAGUUUAUACAGCUCAGGUGAUCUAA